CACCACAUGACUGGGAGAUUUCAGGAAGUGACUUUUAAGGAACCUGUGGAGACUGUGAGAAAUCACUGUAUAAAAAGACAUGGAGAUCAGCUUUGUGUUGCUGUGUGUGACGCUGGUAGCCAGUGUGACACCAAUGGCUGCUGCAGCAGAGCCGGGUAUUAUAGAGAGCCUCCUUUUGGCCACCCACCAGCGUCCCUGGCUCUGGAGUGUCUAUGUCUUCACUGUUGGACUUCCCAUCAUUCUCUUCAUUAGCUUCAUGUGGCCUGACAAGCGGUUCGGGCCUCCUGAUCAACAGUAUUACUACAAGAAGUCUGAUGAUGCUCAACCAGAUGAUCCUGAGUCCUCGCAGCAGACACAGUCACUGGAUACCAAAGGAAAGGCCGAUAAAGCCGUAACCAGGAGGAGAGACGCUCAGAGCAAGCAGGGGAAGUCUGACUUAGACGCCUGAAGUCGGGUCUCAACAGACAAUGUGGAGGAUCAUCGGUCAGGUCAAGGCCCCCAGGAGAGGAAGCCCUGCCAGCUCACGUGAGGAUGCUGAGUAAUCAUAUCUUUGGCCAAUCGUACUGAUUGAUUGGAUAAAACUAAACAGUUUUGAAUACAACAAAGACUCAGGACUAACUAAUUAAAUAUAUUGCAUUAUGGCAUUGCUUCACUAGAAUUAUCAGUCUAGUCAGGUUUCAAGGAUUUAUUAAGCUGAAAUAAGAAUUUCCAGCCGGGUAUAUUACACUAUUUUAGUGGAAUGUUAUUCAGUCUUUUUUUGGCUAAU